AUGGCGGAUCCAGCGACAGCCAUCAGAAGCUCUCGAGGAGGCCGAAAGACCGUACUAGUGCUCGGACUGCCGGCUCUUGCAUUUGCGUACUAUCAGUUCCAGAAGUCUCAAUCACAAGCGAUGAACAAGGGCAAUAUCGGUCAUCCCGAUACUCUGCGGAGCGGCGGAGGUAUCUGA